AUGGAACCGGACCUCAAAAAGAGCUCUUCUGAGCAAGUCGAGGACAUCAAGCGUGGCAACCAUGCUGAUGAUAUCGUCUCUAUGCCCGCCAGCCUCGCCGCGCUGAGCGACUCGGAGCUUCAACAACUCGGUCGGAGGGCAACAUUGAAGAUGGACUUGGUCAUAAUGCCGAUCCUUGUGGUCAUGUACAUCCUGAACUACCUCGACCGUCAAAAUAUCGCGAGUGCCAAACUGGCAGAUAUCGAGACAGAUCUGGGUUUGAGCAAUGUUCAGUAUCAGACGGCAGUCAGCAUCCUAUUCGUCGGUUAUAUCCUCAUGCAGAUCCCUUCCAACAUGAUCGCCGGCAAGAUCAAGUGGCCUGGCCUUUACAUAUGUGGAGGCAUGGCCGGUUGGGGAAUCAUAUCAGCUUUGAUGGCUAUCGUUCACAACUAUGCUGGCCUUCUUACUGCAAGAAUAUUCUUGGGUUUUAUUGAAGCGAUAUUUUUCCCGGGUGCACUGUACUUUCUCUCUCUGUUUUACAACCGCAGACAAUUUGCCUUUCGAACAGCAAUACUGUACUCUGGGUCUCAGCUCGGAAACGCUUUCGGCGGGCUUUUUGCCAUUGGCAUCCUGCGACUGGAUGGUACUCAUGGCCUAGAAGGAUGGCGCUGGUUAUUCCUUGUCGAAGGUGUUAUGACAACUGGACUGGCUAUCGUGUUCGCUUUUCUCUUGCCCAACUCUAACAAGAAGAUCCUCGGGCUUUCAGCCAUCGAAUGCGACUUUGUCCAAUGGAAUUAUGCAUCCGACCAGGGACAGGCUGACGAGCGGUCAGAGAUGAGCGCUGGAAAAGGUUUCAUGAUGGCAGUACUUGAUCCAAAGACAUGGCUUCUUACUGGAAUUCUCUACGCCACCUACAUCGUGGGGGCAGUGGCCAACUUCUUCCCAUCAGUCGUUGCCGGCCUCGGCUACGAUCGCACCACAACGUAUGGAUUGACCGCGCCGCCAUUCGUGCUGUGCGUCUUCUGCAUGCUCAUCAACGGGUUUCACUCCGACAAAACCCAAGAGAGGUUCCUACACAUCGUGAUCCCACUGUGUAUCACCCUGGCGGCUAACGUAAUCGCCGUGUCGUCACUGAACAUAGCGGCACGUUACACUGCCAUGAUGUUAUUACCAGCAUCGUUCUAUUCGGCGGCUGUCGUAAUUCUCUCUUGGAUCACAGGCUCACUGUCACAGCCAUCCAUCAAACGUGCUUCAGCAAUCGCAUUGAUCAACUCUCUAUGCAACACACCUAAUGUUUGGGGAAGCUAUAUCUACUUUGGUGCCCCACGCUACGUUGUCGCCUUCAUUGUCAAUGUAGCAGCCACGGCAGUGGCUAUUGGCUUCGCAAUUGCCACGAGGAUGUACCUUGGAAGACAGAAUGUGAAGCUGGAGAGAGGACAGGACCUUGGAAGGAACGGUCCGACAGACAGGCAGAUCGCAGCUGGAUUCAGGUACCUGCUAUGA